UGAUGGUGUCAUGAACCCCUCGUCAAAUUAAGCGUUAGCAAUUUCUGCUCCUGGAACUAGCCAAUCAGUGUUUGCGUUGUAGAAACGCCCUCUUUACGUCUACCCAUCGCCUCGCCUUGCUGCUGUGAUCGUCAUGAUUAUAAAACCACAAACUUUUCCUCCACUCAUGAUCACACCAGUAUGACCCCAAGCAUGUGGACGCUCCUCCUUCUGUGUGUCCCGUUGGGGGUGUUGGGGUCAGAGGGCGCCCAGCCCGCGGACGGCCAGCAGCUCCAGACCCUGAACUGCCCGCCCUGUGAGCGGAUCCACUGCUCCUCCAGGCGGGCACUGAGGCUCCAAUGCAAAGGCGGCGUGACGACGGGCGUCUGCGGCUGCUGUCCCGUGUGCGCCCGGACAGAGGGGGAGAGCUGCGGCGGGAACUGGGACUACCUGGGGAAGUGUGAUGAGGGGCUGGUGUGUGUUUCUGAGGAGGCUGCGGCUGAUAAACCAAACGCAGAAACUAAAGGCAUCUGUAAGGCAGUGAUUGAAACCCUCAACCCAGAGAGCUGCAGCCCAGAUUGCACCAAGGAGUUCUGUCAGGCCAAUCCUUCUGCAAUCUGCUCCGCCAGGUUUGCAUCUCUGGACAAGAAGGAAUGUCAGGGCUCCUGCCAGCACACUACCUGCUCAAGCUGCGUCGUGCUGAAGCGUCCGUCCUGCCCCCAAAGCUGCGCCGCGUCCGAUUCCGCCUGCCUGCACCGCUUCGGCAGGUGUGUGCACAAUCACCUGAGAGCUCAUCCCGCCUGCAGCAGUGACGUACAGAACCACACCGAGGGGAUUUUAGUGUGUUUGGUGCCGGACUGUUUACACCCGAACCCACGUCUGUAAACCCACAAAACACGAGGAUUUGAUGGAAACCACAGGAUAAUGUAGCAAAAUGGGAAAAAUGGCAGCUAUUUUCCUAAUGUCGGUAGCUUGAAGAAAAUACUUUAUGCGAUAUUAUUUUAUGAUGUAAGCUGUAAAUAUGUAAUCUGGCAGUUUGUAAAAUAAACUUUGUGUAAAUUUCUUCUAAAUAAACAUCCAAGAGACACUCAGCUGUCUGGUUUAAUUGGUCAUCCUGGAUUUACAGUAUUCAGAGUUUGACUUCCUGUUUACCCUUUGUGUUACAUGUUGAAAAUGCAGUUCGAUAAACUUCAAUGACUUUCAGAGAGGUUUGUGGAAUCAACUUACGUACUCCUUCUAUGGUUACCUAGCAACUCACUCAUUCUAUGGUUACCUAGUAACUCACUCAUUCUAUGGUUACCUAGCAACAACCUGCUGAGAAACUUGCCCAGUUGUGCCUCAUGACUGCUUAAAAAUAAACAGCGGGGUGUGAAAAAAGAG